ACAACGCGUUAAAAUGCCACCAAUUCGAAAAAAAGACCCUCUAAAAUCAGCUCAGAAUGAGGGGAAGAUCGAAUUAGCUAUUUCCGAUUUAAAAAAUGGAAGAAUUCGCAGUAUUCGUGAAGCUGCAAGAAUCUAUACAAUCCCUCGUACAACUCUCCAAGAUCGACUACAUGGAGUACCAUUUCAACAUGCGAUACGUGCUAGCAACCAUAAAUUAACCCAAUUUGAGGAGGAAUCACUUGUCAAAUGGGUGCUUGAUUUAACUAGACGUGGAUUACCACCCCGGCACUUUCUUGUACGAGAUAUGGCUAAUUAUUUUCUCUCACAACGUGGAGAUCAACGGGUUGGAGAUAAAUGGGUAUAUAAUCUUGUUCAACGUCGCCCAGAGAUUGAAUCCAAAUUCUCACAAAAAUACAACUACGAACGUGCCAAAUGUGAAGAUUCAAAGAUUAUACAAGGCCAUUUUGACCGCGUACGAGAUAUAAUAUCUGAGUACGGCAUCUUACCAGAAGAUAUCUAUAAUUUUGAUGAGACGGGCUUUGCUAUGGGACUCUGCGCAACUGCAAAGAUAUCUAUUGAGCAUGGGAUUACUAGAGAAGAAGCUCAAGUGCUCGUACAAGGUCAGGUUGAAGCAUCUCAAGCUGUUACUACUACUCCAGCUGAGCCGGAGCUCCCAACUUCUCAAGCAGUCGUACGCCGCCAAUUUCGCUGCAGUGGCUGUAACGUUGAAGGGCACAGGAUUAACCGAUGUCCUAAUCGUACUACUAAUUAA